AUGAUUAGUAUUUUUGAAAUUGCUCUAAAUGAAGAACACGAAAAUAAUACGAGCGAAAUUGAACAAUUAUUAUCGUUAAUAGUAUUUCAUUUUAUUGAAAGAGAACAACCAAUGUUUUGUAGAGUUGCAAUUAAAUCUGGUUUGUUGAAACUAUUAAUCCGAAUUUUUAAAAAAUCAAAUGACAAAUGCAUAACUUUUAGAUUAAAGAAUGCGUUGUUACGUACAAUAAUCAGGUUAAUUAGGAUUUCUUCAACUUCAGCUUCAUAUACAUGGGUCGAAUUAAAAAAUGAAAUAUCUGAAUUUAUUUUUUCGGGUGAUGUUUCAAUGCGAAUAUGGGGUAUUAAAUACAUUUCAACUAUUAUUAAAAUGAUCGAGGUUGAUAGUGAAGAUGGUUUGACAUUAAAUUUUAUCCAACCGCUAGAAUUAUGCCCUUCCAUAUUCGUAUUGAUGUAUGAUGAAUGUCUACCAAUAAGGUUACAAACAAUUAUAAUUAUAUGUAGAAUUAUUAUUGCUAGAAAUAGUGAAAAGGAAUGCAAACAGUUAGUUUACAUGGGAAUCAUUGGAUUACUUCUUGAUGUGUUAAAACAACAUGAGCUGAAGAACUGUAAAAAUAGUGUAGCACUUCCAAUUAUCAUUUCCUUAAAUAAGCUAAUCAAGCUCUCGGAAAAAUGGUGUAUGGUUUUUAUUUAUUCGAAAGGAGUUGAAAUUACACUAAAAUAUUUAAAAUAUUCUUUAGAAAAGAUUAUAACUCCAGUAAUUCUUCUCAUAUAUAAUGUUAGCAGCUAUUCUUCGUUUCAUACAAAUAAAGUCUUGGAAUGUAAAACAUUGGAUAAGAUACAUAGGAUCAAAGAGUUAAUCAAUUCGAGUGAUUUCAUAAAGAUAAUUGAUCACGUAAUCUAUUCCUUAAUUAUGAAUUGCACAGAAUACGAAAUUCUUUAUUCCUUCGUUAUGAAUAGUGGAGAUCCUUAUAUUAUUGAAAAUAAAUCAAUUCAAGACCAUCUAAAAUUAGUACAGAAAAACUUUAACAAACUCAAACAAUUUAUUGAUUCAAAAAGGAAUAAUUAA